AUGCGUGACAGAUUGCCAACAUACCAUUCGACCUCACUGAAGGCCGCACAUUUGGCUAGGUUUGACCAUGGGGAACUUCACGAGUCUGUUCUAAGCCUUACUCUGUCAUACAAUUCGAACUACAACAUGAUAUUCCCUCCUAUCAACGAUGUUCUGAUGACAUUGCAAUAUGUUCGGGAACUGGGCUUACCUGUUGAGACGAUAUCAAUCGCUCGCAGGAUACCACCUAUUGUGAAUCUCUCCUACGAAUUUCCUCUGGGGAAAUCGCGUCUUCGACUCAUACAUCAUCCCGAGAUUCUCCUUAUCGCCACUGUCGUGUUCACCGCCAUGCAAUACUUUCCGUUGGAAUCCACGCCAAUGCUCCAAGAUAACAACUACUUCUUGGUACCGAAUUUCCAGUGGGAAGAAUGGCAGGAUGUUAUGGCACCAGCCUUGGCUAACGAACCGACUACCUUGACACAUGAUUACUUGAGUGUCACAGCUUCGCAGAUCACAUCUAUGGAGCCUGCAGAUUUAGAUGAGUAUUUUACACAGCUAUCACUAUCCAACGAUGCGCAGUCGGAGGACAUAAUGUUGGCAAAAUACUUCCCAUCUGAUCAGCUACCGUCCAGUAAGCCACUAUUUGAGGACCUGGAAAACAACACUGUGGAAAGAUUAUGCAGAAUACAAGCCCAGGCCACCUCUUUCGUUAGUUCAACGUACCAAAAAAGACAGGGAGACACCAAUAUCCCAAAGGCCAUGAAUUACUCAUACAAAUCCGAGGAGGACCUGCCUCAAGCAGGCAAGGACUUCUUUCAGCUCGCAGCCCGACUUGCAGGGCUGUCGGUCCCAAUGCUGAUGCGGGCCGUCAACAUGCUCGAGACACACAUUGUGGCCUGGCAAAGAGAGCAACGCAGAGCGGCAAGUGAGCGGCGAGAACGUUCAAGCACGAGCAUGAGCAUGGAUCCAAUUGGCGAGCAAUCCUCGCAAAUUGUAUGA